GGGGGUUUGUGUUACUGAAAACGGCACUGUAGGGAAGUAUGCACUUACUUGGAUUAUCAGGCCCCCUGCUGUCACUGAGCUGCAUACACACCCUCACGUAAAGGGUUCCGUGAGCGAGCACGCCGGACAAGGAGAGUGCAUGAGAUGAGCUAAAAUGUCUGCUAAAGGUUCAGGGUCUUUUAAAAACCGCAAACCUGAUACUGUUCAAAGAUCACAAAGGAAAGAUGAGAAAGGCAGUGUUUGCAGUUCCUCAGCAGUACUAAUGUCCUUUAAAGCAUUUCAACAUGAUCUAGAUGCAAGGCAUGAUAAAUAUGAACGGCUUGUUAAACUUGGCCGGGAUAUAACUAUUGAAAGCAAAAGGACAAUCUUCCUCUUACACCGAAUGAUCAGUGAUCAUAAUAAAGAAGAUGUACUGUCUGAAGCAGAGACUAAAUUACUUGCUGUUCGUCAAAAAAUAAAAGAAAUUGCUGAGGAGUUGGUGGGAGAAGAUAUGUAUCAGUAUCACCGUGCAUUUACACCAGGUCUUCAAGAAUAUGUUGAAGCCAUCACUUUCAAACAUUUCAUUGAAUCUAGAACACUUGUUACCAUCAAUGAAAUAAACAAGCAGUUGAUAUUUGAAGACUUGGAAAACAUGCCUAUGAUAACAACAGAGUCAUUUUGUGGUAAUUUAUCAAGUUCACCUGACAACAGGCAUUCAAAAAUAAGUGCACUGAGCAUUCAAGUUACUCCUGUGGAUUACCUACUUGGGGUAGCUGACCUUACUGGAGAAUUAAUGCGUUAUUGUAUAAGUAGUGUUGGAAACGGAGACAUUGACACACCCUUUGAGCUAAGUUGUUUCUUGCGCCAGGUCUUUGAUGGAUUCUCAUACAUUGGCAACACUGGCCCAUAUGAAAUUUCAAGAAAGAUUCAUGUUUUAAAACAGAGUCUGUCAAAAGUUGAGAAUGCUUGUUAUGCAUUAAAAGUUAGAGGUUCAGAGAUUCCAAAACAUAUGCUAGCAGAUGUGUUUUCUUCCAAAUCAGAAUUAAUUGAAAUUGAUGACAGAAUUUAAAGGAGAACUAAACCCUAAUUAAGAAGUAGACUAGAAAUGUUGUAAAUCAUAUGUCGGGCUUCUGUACCAGCCUAAGGCAAUCACAGCCCCUUAACAGUAAAGAUCUGUGCCUCCAAAGAUGCCCCCAGAAGCUCUGCAUCAUCUUUUCUGCUGAUUUACUGCACAUGCUCUGUGCUAUUGUCAAUUACUGAGCUUAGGGACUGUCUCACAAUAUACAGUAUACAUAGAAUAUAAAUGUCAAAAUAUAAGGUGAAUUAGUAAAUACAUGAGACCAGUGUUAUUUGCAUCAAAGUGUAAUAAAGAGCCCAGUAUCAUCAUAUUAUAUUACAGGCCAGUCUCAUUUUCUGCUUGAUAUUUGCAAUGACCUUCUAAGCUUAGCUUCUCAACAGCUCAGAGCACACUGAGCAUGAGUGUCACUGACACUAAUAAAAUCCAAGAUGGGGAAAUCCUGUGAAACUGUAAAGGCAUGGAUCAUCACUACCAUAGAGAUACUGAAACCUUGGUUUGAUGCAGUAAAUUCACUAUAUAAAAUAUGGCAUUUCUAGCCAUAUUCAUUUUUAGGAUUUAGUUCUCCUAGAUAUUUGUUUCUUUUGCUGUAAAAAACAUUCUUAGCAAGAGAGCUGUAUAAUAGUAUAAGCUUGUAUUUUAUAUAAAUAAGUACAUUUUACACUUGUGCUGUACAUUUCAUAAUAAAUGUCUCAUUCUACAGAA